AUGGAACAAAAUGAUAUUCAAUUCAUUAGCAUAAACAAUAAAAACGUUUAUAAAUUCAUGAAUUUCUCAUUAUUAUUGCCAUUCUUAUCACAAGUGAUAAAUUCAAAGCUUCCAAGUCACAAGGUACAGCGAGAAUCGAGAUGGGAAAAUUUAAACAACAAAACCAUCAAAGAAGCUUCUGAAACUUUGAAGUUGAAAACUUGA